ACGUUUGUGAGGAAAGACGAUACAGUGAGGAGAGUUGGAGGCUUGCCACUGAGGUGGGUGGGAGGAAGGUUGGGAGCUAAGUGUUGACUUGAGAAAGACCAGUGGCGAGUCACAACGCGUCCUUGGUGGUUAGAUGAGGACGAUCGCGUCGAAGACUCCCGGAGUUCAUUUUUUCCCCUUAAAAAAUAGCGAAUUUACCCAACUUUUUUUUGUCUACACGGGGAUCGUGGGAUUACUAAUAAAUCUCCCGUCGUUUUGAUCACUCCAGGCGGUCUCCUAAUGUGCGUAAAAGGGAUUUUUUUCCUGUAUGGACUCGCAGCCUCAGCCGUGCUGCAGGUCAGUGGGAUCCGUAUAUAUACUCCUGGGGAUGUGGAGGCCGUCAACGGGACGGACAUUCGUCUCAAGUGCACAUUCCAGACUUCCUAUAAUAUCAACCCCGAUGCCAUCAUCAUCUCCUGGAGCUUCAGACCCCUUAAACCGGGCCGAGAAGAAUCAGUGUUUCACUACCAGCAGAAGGCGUACCCUCCUCAAGAGGGAAUUUUUAGGAAUCGCAUCCGCUGGGCUGGUGAUGUCAUGGGUCAGGAUGCCUCCAUCAUAAUUCGUGAAGUGAAGUUCACUUACAACGGCACUUACACGUGCCAGGUCAAGAAUCCGCCGGAUGUGCACGGCUCGGUUGGAGAGAUUCGACUGCGUGUCGUCACUACAGCGUCUUUCUCAGAGCUUCUGCUGCUGGCGUUGGCCGUCGGGGGAGGAGGGAUCGCUGUCGUGGUUCUUCUCCUCAUCAUCAUCGUGUCUUGCAGGAGGUGCAAGAGGAAGAGACUGAGGCGGGACGGGGAAGUGGAAGCUACUCGCCAAGAAAGAAAAGAUCCCACCGUAUGCCACCCAUUGAGGUCCAUCCACCUGUACCUAUCACAGACAUCCAUAGAGAUUGACAGUUCAGACGGAAUGAUCUCAGAGGCCAGCACUAAAGAUCCCAGCUCCGAAUCAGGGGGCUCAGAAGACGAUGACGACGACGAAGAUGACGAUUCUGACUAAAGAGGUGGGAAAUAACAAGAGGGAUGUCCAAUUGCUACCAGGAGAAUUAUAUUGCGUCCCAAGUUGCGAGUAGACGAAUGGUGCACUGCUGCUUUUGAAGUCGUGCACGCUGACAUGGUGAAUUGAAGGAAAAAGCUGACGGAUGUCCUGUCUGAACAAUUGGGAAUAGGCACAAGGAGGUUGAAAGUACUUGAAAGGGAAAUUUAAAACGAUUUGUUUUUUUGCUUCUUUUAGUACGACCGAACAAAGGCUGAGCUAAAUCUGCUGACGCAGCAGGUGACUGUUAUUUUCAAAACCCAUUUAUUAUCCCAUUGGCUGGGAUUAUGUAACAUCACUGGUGCAGCUAGAGGGGGGGUUGUGGGGGGCCAGUGCCCCCCUGAAAUAUGCUUGGACGCUCCAUGUGCCAGGCUAGAUAAUUGACUUUGGAGUUGUUGUUUUUUUUUUUACCUCCCUCAUGCCUCCCCAAGAAAAAGAAAUCCUUGAUGUGCCAGUGCAUUACAUUACUUGAAUAAAAAAAACAAUUUUGCUAAUAUAUUCCACUUUCAAAAACAAACAGGUUUCUGGUGUUUGAGCCACAGUAUACAAACUCCCAUUUCAAAUAUUGCAGUUUUGAUCUGAAAAACCUUUGAAUGCAAACUGUCUUCUCUCAAUGCAACACAUCCACUAACACAGUGCUUCUCAAUUAUUUUCUGUUACGCCCCCCCCUGGCAAGAAGAAAACUAUUCGCGCCCCCCCUCCCCACCGUGACUAUCCUAACUUGUCUUGUAAGUCGUAAAAUGUUGCUUGUUGCAAACGUGACAGAAGUAACAAUGAGAGCGCCACUGCCCCCUGCUGUAGUAAACGCGCAAUUACACUUUAUUCUAGUACUGCCAAAAAAAAAGCCUGUUCCCCAGGGUCACACGCGCCCCCCCAGGAAUAGCACCGCGCCCCCCAAGGGGGGCGCGCCCCACUAUUUGAGAAGCACUGCACUAACACGACUGUAAAGACAUUUUAUUUCGUAAUUGUAAUUUUAUACUGAUGAUGUAACAUUGUCUCUAGGUUGUUUUUACUUAAUGCCUAAAGUAUUUCAUUCCUUUUUUAUGUAUAGAGUUUUUGAAAAUGAUUUUCUAAUAAAAAUGCCUUUUAAGUAUUUA